AUGAAAAUAUCACAAAUUGAUUAAACCAAACUCAGUAAUUAAUAGAAUGGAGCAAAUAAUUAGAACAAUAAGAGUAAGCAAUAUUCUUCAAAAUUAAUCAAAAAGAGCAGCAUAAGUAUCCAUGAAGAAAAUCAGUAGGAAAUUUAAUUCAUCCCUGAGUUAGUAAGAUUAAAAGAGUAGAUUUUAUCAACAUACUUAAAAUAAAAUCGAGCUCUUAUAGGUUCUUAAAAUUAAAUCGUUAAGUAUUUGAGUCUAAUAAAAUUAGAAAUUUUGAUGAAAUUCUCUCAAUUUUAAAGCAGGACUUCCCCAAGUGAAAAUCUAUCUAUAUAGAAUAGCAAAUAUUAAUAUUCAUCAUAUUUUAAAGUGUUGGUCUAAAAUUAUUUAGUUCUUUUGUUUUUUCUCUUCUCAUCAUUGAAAGGUAUGUCUAACUCCUAAGAUAAUAUUCUCAUUUGCUAAGUAUGA